AUGUCUGACGAUCAAGCUGUUCGAGCAACAAAUGACGAUGCUACAAUGUGCAAGAGCUUCGCAGUUCAACUCGGUUAUUGGAAGGAUAGGUUCGUCAACCUGAUGUCUCGCAAUCGUUCGAGAAAAACACCAGAGAUUAAUCGUGGGUAUUAUGCUAGAGUAAAAGCCGUAGGAGAUUUACUCAGGAUGUUCCUGAAGACUACUGCAAAUAAUUGCCAGGUCAUCAGCCUUGGAGCAGGUUUCGAUACCAAUUUUUGGAAUCUCCAGGAAGAAGACAAUCUACCGUUGAAUUACAUCGAAGUGGACUUUGCGGAAGUAACUGCAGCAAAGUGUGCCUACAUCAAGGCCAGAAAACCUUUACAUCAAGCUCUCAGCGAAGAUUCUGAAAUCGAUUUUAUUUUCGGGUUAUCAGGAAACGAUGCCGUACGUUCCAAAAACUAUAAUUUAAUACCUUGUGAUCUACGCUAUAUUAAUAUUCUUGAACAACGACUAAACGAAAUUGGAAUCGAUUACAGCUUGCCGACAAUCUGCAUUACGGAGUGUGUUUUAGUUUAUAUGGCACCAGAUAAAAGUGAAGAAAUUAUUAAUUGGAUGGGAAGGCGUUUUCUAGAUGCAGUAUUCAUCAAUUAUGAGCCGGUAAACUUAAACGAUCGAUUUGGCGAAGUCAUGUUACAAAAUUUGCGAGCAAGGGGUUGUGAACUAAAGGGUGUGGCUGCUUGUCCAACUUUACAAUCCCAGACGGAACGGUACUAUAAUGCUGGGUGGACAUAUGCGUAUGCUUUACUGAUGUCUGAAGUAUAUCAACUGUUACCUAGAGAAGAGAUCGAACGAAUCGAAAAAAUAGAAUUCUUAGAUGAAACUGAUCUCUUGGUGCAGCUUCUAAAGCAUUACUGUUUAAGUUGGGCGAUCAAAGAUUCGACUGGCUUAGGUAACUAUCUCAGUUCUUUAAUUAAUUAA